CGGCUACAAGUAGCCAUUGGCUCUGGUUAGAAUUUUUGAGGAAAUUAGCCGUUUCUUGUAGCCGUCCUUGGUGACGUCGUGUAGUUCUUACUCAAUCGUUUGUCAUUUGAAAGGACAAGCAAGCAUUUCCCUGGGAAAGUGGCUUAUGUGGAGGAGAUAAGCGCUCUGCUCCUGCAUUUCCGUUCCUUCGGCUUUGCUGUACUUCACAGCUUCUGUCGACGACUUGAAUUCAAGGAAUGGCAUUCCAGCCACUAAAUGAGAAGCAUCGCAUGCAGCGUACAGCAACACUUUCUCGGCAAGUUCUGGAGCGAGCAAAAAAACGGAAAUUGUACUGGUGCCUGCCUUCUCAUCACCAAAGCAGGACCUUUCGGCAGGGAGAGGCUGAUGUUUCUCUUGAAGUUGCUUUUGCUGCAGUUGCUGAACACCUGGCCUGUAUUUCUGCAGUGUGCGAGAAUUACUACUGUUCAGUACCACCAUUUCAGUUUGAGGAGAAUGAAAUUGAACAUAUUUUUCGCUACCACAGCAGGGAAGCUUCUCAAAAGUUGCUAAGAGCAUUUGAAGAUGAGGAAAAGAAAAAUGCUCCAAUAAUGGAAAAGCAAAAUGUUCCAGGAGUGAGAAAGCCUGAACGUCACAAAACUGAAGCAACUGCUGUAACUGAACCAACUACAUUAAUUCCAGCUCAGCCAUCUGCAUCAGAAGAGAUCCUCAUUGAAGUGUCACCUGGCUCAUACAUAAUCAACACAACUUCAUAUGAUGACACAAUCAAAGAAGCACACCUAGUUAAUGUUCAUCCAGGAGAAAGUGUAAAUCUGGUUUUUCAUUUAUCUCCUAAGAAUGACAAUUAAAAUCAAUUUCAAUGUCUGAA